AUGGAUAUUUCAAGCGGGAUUUCUUCCUAUUUCAGUAACACAGAGAUUGAAGCCUGGAGUUAUAUGAGUUGUCUAGAAUAUUUAGCAAAAGUGUGUGCGCAUUUGACAUCAGGAGCUUAUGACGAAAUUCUUGACAAAUACAAGAACCAUUUAUUUUCAAUCGUCUCAUCUACAUCAUCGCUUAAAAAAGCAAAAGACAAAGCCUUUAGGCUGAAUAAUACUGCGGAACGUUCAUUUCAACGCAUAGAAGUUACCUCGUUUUUUAAAAGACUUGAUACGCGGGUUGACAUGAAUGCAACUGACAGUCUUGCAAAUGCCACCACAAAUCUCGUGGACGCAAAAGAAAAAUUAUAUAAAUUAAAACUGAAGUCAAGUGCAUAUGACAGAUUUGUCGAAAGUACGGAUGCGAAAAAUGAUCGUUCAUCCAAACGCCUUAGACAAGAGACAAUAAUUUCAGAAGAGAAUAAAAAAAAAUCUGACACAAACACAGUACCCAAAGCAGAUGACAAUAAUUUUGAUGAGCGAAAGGAUGAUGAUGAAAAUAACAGUGCAGGAAGAGUCGAAGAGGAAUCAUAUUCAUCCAACUAUAUGACAUCUUCCGUUAUGGACAUCUUUUCUGAAUCUUAUUCACAGCUACAAACAUCAAAUGAUUCGUCAUCUUUGUUAUCUGUUUUGAAGAAAUAUUGCACAAAUGAAUCCACCUCACCAUAUGAUCUGGCCCGUAGCUUCAUUAUGGAUCUGUCGCUAUCUUCAAAAAUAAGAGGGCAAUUUAGUAAUGAAGAGUGGGCUGAGUUAGUCAAAAGAAGACCUGAUGUGGUCCGAAAAUCUUACCAUCAUGAAAUCGAGUCCCUUAUUUCUCACCUAUUUAGCCAAAAAAUGGAUCUAUUACAAGCUCGCAAGAAAUGGUAUGAGCUAAGGAAUUUGGUUGCUCCUAGUACUAGCACUAGAUACAACAAUGAGUUCUCUUAUACAGAGAAUGACUGGGAGAAAAUAAAACGUUGGGUUGAACGAGUAACAGGACAAUUUCUGGAUGCAUUUGAAUCACUUCGAAAUCCAUUGCAAAAUAAUUGUCAUGAACGAGAAUGGACUGGCGAUUAUUUAAUCCCUUUAAUACAAGGAGUUCUAAAAUUAAAAUUAGAUGGCAAUUUGUAUGUUCCAUGGGGGGAGAUUUCUGUUCUAGCAUCCCUACGUUGCCGAAAUAAUGAUAAGGAUAAACUCAUUGAACAACUUGAACGAAACCACCAGGUGGAUCUUUUAUGCAAUUAUGAGCAGUAUGAGAUUGCCUGUGCACUGGCUUGCGGUGGACCUCAUUCCUAUAAUUUAACUAAACUUGCUUCUGAUGAGUUCAACCUUCCAAGAAUAAUGAAGGAUAUGCUCGAUGACCUAGAGUUAAAGCUUCUUAAGGCUGGAAAGGGUCAAUUGCGGCCAUAUGUAAUAGGAAUCCAGUCAUAUAUUAAUAUGACAGAGAUUCGAGUCUAUCUAAUGGAGAGACGUGAGAUAUACUUCCUGCAUCACCUAAAAUCUUUUAAUCUCCCACUCACAUUUUCGACCUAUCACUACUUGAAGGUUGCGUUGAGAGUAGCAUGGAAUAUUCGGGGCUUGGUUAAUUCCUUGGUCCGGGAACUUGAGGAGACUAUUAUUCAUGACGAUGAUGACGGAUUUAAAACUCCCCCAACUAUGUUGUCAAAUAAUAUGAAGACCAACGAAACACCACCAAAGCAACCAAAGAAAAAGAAAACAUAG